AUGGGCAUUGCCCCAGGGCUGGCCUCAUUUGUGCCUGGGUGCCGGGAGGCAGUGGCGUCAUGUUGUGGGACUCAGUCUGUGGCAGCUACACCACCAGAAUCCACGACUGCAGAGCCUGACUUUGUAUAUGCCGGAGUGGUGGAGGUCCAGCAUGUGCAGCCCAAGUCAAAGCGGCGCAAAGGUUUGGCUGGCCGCGUGAGGAGCUGGGUACAAAAACGGAGGCGUAAAAAAAUUUGCCCCACUGCAAAUGAAGCUCCUCUUCAAGACCAGAAGAAAACCUUAAAGAGACGUGAAAACCUUAAAGAGACAUCACCUGACAUAGAGAAACAUGUCACCCAGUAUUGCCACCGUGCUGUUCAGGUCCCACAAGACCUCAGCCUGGAACACAUCAAGGAUGAUGAGCCACCCCGUGAUGUGAAGAAGCCCACCGUUUGGUGUUACCGCCGUCCCGUUGAAACCCCGCAUGACCUCAUAUUAGAAGACAUCGAGGAUGAGGAGCUACCCCGUGACGAGGAGAAGCCCGCCGUUUCGUGUCACCGCCGUCCCGUUGAGGUCCCGCAGGACCUCAUAUUAGAAGACAUCGAGGAUGAGGAGCUACCCCGUGACGAGGAGAAGCCCGCCGUUUCGUGUCACCGCCGUCCCGUUGAGGUCCUGCAGGACCUCAUAUUAGAAGACAUCGAGGAUGAGGAGCUACCCCGUGACGAGGAGAAGCCCGCCGUUUCGUGUCACCGCCGUCCCGUUGAGGUCCUGCAGGACCUCAUAUUAGAAGACAUCGAGGAUGAGGAGCUACCCCGUGACGAGGAGAAGCCCGCCGUUUCGUGUCACCGCCGUCCCGUUGAGGUCCCGCAGGACCUCAUAUUAGAAGACAUCGAGGAGGAGCUACCCCGUGACGAGGAGAAGCCCGCCGUUUCGUGUCACCGCCGUCCUCUUGAAAUCAUCUUAGAGGAUGACGAGGAUGAGGACCUACCCCGUGAUGUGGACUCCGUGACAGCCCCAAAUGACCUCCCUCCUCCUGAGGAUUGCAGGAGCCCCAAGUGUGAGGAAGAUGGUGAGGGUUCAUCACUCGCUGUUGACGGUAUGUACCCUCAAGUAGCUCACUUGCUGUGGAACAAACUUGCUGUUUUUCAUAUACUGGGUUCUGAGUGGAUUCUGGAAAAUCUCAACAGUGAAGAAGACACCUUUCCAGUGUCGUCAAGUGACCUGGCGAGCACGGUCUCCCAGACAGAGGAAGAAGAUCUGGAGGAGGAAAACCUCUACGUAAGACUCCUUUGUCUUCUAAAGAAAUUUCGCUUUUGUGAUUUCUUCUCAAUUAAUCUGGAUAUGAAAAUCUGA